UUAAACCAAGUCAUCCGUGGAAAAUGGGGGCAUCUAUAAAGAUGUAAAUUUGUCCGAAUAAAACAAUCCAUUGGCAAAAAUAUUUAUUAAGAAUUGCCAACUUAGGCCCAAGAACAAAAACGUAAGACAAUACCCGUUUGCUACGACGCGAUCUAAAGAUACAUUUCUUUUCUUUAAAGUUCCGUCUUUGUUCCAAAUACACGCACAGUUUGUUGAUCCCCGCGAGUGGAACUUGGAGGUUUUCGGUUGAUUUGAAUUGGUGAUUUUUUGUGUAUCGAAAAGGCAAUGCCUUAACUUGGAAGAAAUUCUGGGCAAAAUCUUCAUAAUUUUUGAAGAUGGCAGGACUUGCUUCCUUUAAAUUCUUUUGGAAAUGAAUUUUUUCUGCGUUUCAAUUUUGUUCAAGAGUGCAGUUUGGGUUGGAUUUCUGGUAUCAGUUUGUAAUGGCGGGGAUACGUGUACUGCGACAUUCAAGGGAUCAAUCGUAGUAACUAAAUACUGUGACAUAGGAGGAUGCUGCAUUCCGAGCACAGGAAACGAAAAAACCGACCCGGACGAACUAUGUUGCAUGACAACUCUGACGUUUAUUCUAAUCUUGUCUUUCACGGGUGGACCUGCAUUUCUUUUAACCUUGAUUUGCGCCGGAUUGUGUCUUAAACGUUAUUGUGAAAAAAAGAAAAACGAUGAUAGAAUCCGGAGAGCGGAGUCUGCGCGACAGGAGAGACGCCGUGAGCGCAGGCGCCAACGGCAACAACAGGAACAGGAAGAGGAAGCGGUCCGGAUCAGGAGAUACUACGAACCCAAUCCCGAGGACGGUCCUUUAAGGCCUCCAGCGUAUGACGAAGGUCCCCCAGGAUCGGUCCCUAACCGGACGGCUCUACCAAUGUCCCCUCCACCAGCUUAUGAAGCGAUAGUACAGGAAGCCACAUUACCAAAUCACAACCAAAUCCCCGUCAGUUAUAAUGAAAGAAUCAGAGUAGACAGAACUGAGAACAACGAGGACAGAAACGAACGCAUUGACGUCACAAUUCGUGCACCCACCAUCGGGGGCAGACGACCAAAUAAAAGAGUAAACGAGACAAAACCAAGCAACGUUACUGUGAGAAAUGGAAUAACAAUCUCUGAAACAGAAAGAAAUGGAAUCACUCGACCAGAGACUGUGCAUAAAAACCAGGUUUCUCCGAGUAACAGUUUUAGAACGGUACCGAGUCCAACCAGAAGUCCCAGCACAUUAUCUAAUGACAGCGUAAACUCUGAACACAACAAUGUGCGCCCUAAACAGUUUUCAAGACCUCUCCAAAUUGUUAUUGAUGCCCCUAUCGACGAGCCCGCCGAUUUACUUUAUAUUUAA